AUGAAUGUUAAGGAUAGGAGUGUGAAUAUAAGCAUGAAUAUUAGGGAUAGAAGUGUGAAUAGAAGCAUGAAUGUUAAGGAUAUAAGUGUGAAUAGAAACAUGAAUGUUAAGGAUAGAAGUGUGAAUAGAAGCAUGAAUGUUAGGGAUAGAAGUGUGAAUAGAAGCAUGAAUGUUAAGGAUAGAAGUGUGAAUAGAAGCAUGAAUGUUAAGGAUAGAAGUGUGAAUAGAAGCAUGACUGUUAGGGAUAGAAGUGUGAAUAGAAGCAUGAAUGUUAAGGAUAGAAGUGUGAAUAGAAGCAUGAAUGUUAAGGAUAGAAGUGUGAAUAGAAGCAUGAAUGUUAAGGAUAGAAGUGUGAAUAGAAGCAUGAAUGUUAAGGAUAGACGUGUCAAUAUUAAACAAAAAGUUGAUGCCGAUGAGGAUCCAAGAUACUGCGAUGUGGAUGGAGAGAAUGCAACGGUUGUCCUCCAAGAGCACCCGAGAGGUCCAGAAGGACUACCAAUGAUCUCAACCCCUGAUACUUUGACUGUUGGGAAGACUAGCCAGCUGAACUGCACAGUCUACCACGUCUACCCUGCACCUAUCAUUGAAUGGUUCAUUGAACCUGGUGAAGAGAACAUCACAAUGAACGCGUCUAUUCACUCCAACCCUGAUAACAUAUCAAGUCUCUUCAACGCAACCAGUUCUCUUUUAUUCACGCCAACGACGAACAAUCAUGGAGAGAACCUGACAUGUAGAUUGUCUCCUUCUGUGCCAAAUGUUUGGAAAUCCCGAAAUGUUUCUGUAACAUUGAAUAUCGAAGGCGACCUCAGUCCAUCUGACGAAAUCAGGGUUGAAAACGUGACGUCGUCCAGUCUCACCCUUUCUUGGGACGUUGACAACGUUACUCUUGAAUACUGCAACUGCAGCUAUGCGUCCUCUGAUAUCUUGAAGACAACGGAUCCUUUGAACUGUCGGUUCUGCAAUGAGCCGAUUAGAGUAAACGGGACCAGCUAUGACCUAACAGGCUUGGAACCGUUCCAGUGGUAUAAUCUGACUCUGAAAUUGACAGGUGUAGGAGUGGUGGCGUCUAAGCUAGCUUCCACUGCCCCACCCGUGCCGGAAUAUUAUGGCGUCAUCAUGACAUUUUCUCAAGAAAAUUCGAAGUUGAAGAUAUCACGUAUGCUACAACUCAACGAUCCUAUCCCCAGUGAUCUCUGCUUUUCUGUCGUCAAGACACAGGACCAAAGGGACAACUGCUCUUUGAGCAAUUGCCUGGAACUUGGGAUCAAUUUUCGGUACACAAAUACGUCCAUAGAAAAUGUAUCAGACUUUGGGUUAGUUAGCAGUGGUCGAGGAUUGUGCAGUGUGUCAUCACGUCCAAUUAUUCUGAACUCAACCGCAGGUGUACUCAAUAUGGCUCCUGUGUUCAUACUGAUUGGGGUUGUUGCCGCGUCGGAGAUCUUUCUGUUCCUCUCCGUGGUCGCCAUCAUUGUUCUCUGCCUACGACUGAAGCAAAACCGGAACAGAAUGCAAGUUCAAGGUCAUAAAGGUGGAACGUCAAAAGGUACUGAUGAGGAAGAUCCGACAGGGCAGGGUGUUGGUUCUAAUUACGAAUCUCUUGAUGGACCUCGUGGUGGUAUUUCUCUUUAUACUGGACUCAACUUUCCAGCGAAGGUAGCCGGUUCAGAAGAAGACGGUUCGGGAUCUAGGAAUCAUCCGACAGUUGUUGGUGAGGAAGAUCCAACAAGGCAGGGUGUUGGUUCUAAUUACGAAUCUCUUGAUGGAACUCGUGGUGGUAUUUCUCUUUAUACUGGACUCAACUUUCCAGCGAAGGCAAACGGUUCAGAUGAAGAAGGUUCAGAAUCCCGGAAUCGACCAACGGUGGCCAUUGAUGAAGAUUAUGAAAAUAUUCUGUAGUUGAUGUUGAUGGCUUAGCAUAAUUGGGUGAUAAAUAGGAUUAAAAUGAAUAUACAUAGAGUGGAUAUUUUGCAGCCCUUUUGAGGGUGUAGAAUUAUAAUUCUACAAACGAUGCAUGUGCAGCACACUUGAGUGUCAAGGCCCUAUCUGACCACAUUAAAGUCUACAUUGUGAAUACCGGAGUAUGCACAGUCGUGACGCGUCGGUACUGGCGUUGAGAGCCUGGACCUGUGCAUUCUUUGUUCUAUGAAAUGGUUCGGAAAUAUAAGUUCAUAUCAUCGUCGAUAUAAUUUCAUAUCGUUGUAACGGGUAAUGUAAUCACCUCUUAUCAUUAUUGUUUGUCUUUUUAACAGUGUACUAGUACCAUUAUCAGAAUGUGUAUGUUUAGAUUAGAAAGGAUUGUAAAAAGAAUAUGAACUAAAAUUCUCCUUAGCUUUGAUAAAAUUCACUUAAAAUCUGAUUAGUCUAAGGCUCUAAAGAUACAAGUAAAUAGAUGGACCAUGACUAUAUAAACAACAAUUUUUACGUGUUUUUUGUUGUUGUUGUUGUUGUUUUAAUACACAUAAUGUUGCCAGUGAUCUACGUUAUCUGACAGUGCAUUCUAAAAAUGUGUAUAUUAUUAUGUGU